UAAAAGGGGCUCGCUGGGCCCAGGGAGCCCAGAUCGCUCUCAGAGCCUCCCAUAAAUCAGCUCCCGCAUUCCAGGCUCUCACGACUCUCCUGUCCAGCAUCAUGGUCCACUCGGCCCGCGCCCCGCUCCUGCGCUCCGCGCUGCUGCUGCUGCUCCUGCUGGCCACCAGCCAGACCACAGGGGUGCCGGUGGCCGGCGAGCUGCGCUGCCAGUGCCUGCAGACGGUGCAAGGGAUUCAACUCAAGAGCCUCCAGAGCGUGAGGAUGACGCCCCCGGGAGCCCACUGCACCCAGACCGAAGUCAUAGCCACUCUCAAAAAUGGACGAGAAGUUUGUCUCAAUCCCGAAGCCCCCAUGGUUCAAAAGAUCAUCCAGAAGAUUCUGAACAAUGGCACCUCCAACUAAGCCGGAACGGAUGAAGCCCAUGGAGCUUUCUCAAAGCCACCCGGAAGGGCCUUUGAAAGACACUCUUGUUGUGAAUGAGUCUUUGGGGAGCUCAUAUUUAUUUACUUUUCCAUAUGUAUUCUAUAUUAUUUUAUAUGUAAAAUAAGGCUGUGAUUGAAUCUACUUGCACACUGCCAUUAUAUUUAUUGUUUAUUUUAUGUCAAAUCUAAGUUUAGUCAAUCCUGGCUCUUAAUUUUAAAAGUCUUUUAAAUAUUGUCAGGAUAUUAAUAUUUCUGAGGCACCCAUAACAUGCUGACCAUUGUAAUGGAGGCUGGGAUAACCCAGUAAGAGACAAAGAGGGUUCAUUUCAGUAUAUGAAGAAUGUAUGUACACGCCUGUUUUUGUAACUCUUUAGACAGUCUAUCAGCUGUUAUUUAUUGAAAUGGUUUUACAACUGUGAUCAACAUUUUUGUGUUGAAGCUUUAGGAACUACAAUGUUUUAAAUAACCCUUGGACAUUUUAUGUCUUUUUUUAUGUAAGGCACAAUGCCUUUGUUUAAUGUCU